AUGGUCCAUGGGGUGAGGGAAACGGUGCUGGGCACCUUGGGGAAGGCAACAAUACUGCGGAUCCCCCCUGACCUUCAGAACCUCACCCUGCGCUUCGGAGCAGCUGUCUGGAAGAGGGACACCGAGGACCCGCAGAGGAAGCUCAUCCUGCUCAAGUACUUGGGUGGCAAGUACACCAACUACAUGCAGGAACGAACCCGCUUCCACAUGUUGGACUUCUCCUUGGAGAUCCUGAACACCAGCCGGCAGGACAGGCAGCUCUAUGAGUACAUAGUCAGCAAGGGGCCAGAGGAGAAGGUCUGGCAGAUACAGCUGGAGGUGUAUGAGCCAGUGUCUGAUCCCACCAUCCGGAUCCUUGGCUGGGUGCUGGCCAAUGGCACCUGCAAUAUCACCCUCAACUGCACGGCAGAGAGAGGGGACAACAUCUCCUACAGCUGGGGCAGUGGGGACAACAGCACCUCGGGGCUCUGCUCCCACAACAGCAGCCUCCUGCACCUCACCUACCCCCUGCAGAACUCGAGCAUCUCCUGCUCCUGCACCAUCAGCAACCCCGUCAGCACCCAGAUCAUUGCCUUCAAUUCCUCCAAGUGCAGCUAUAAGCAAAUGGGCAGCGACGGGCUGCGGAUGGAGGAUGUCCUGCUGAUUGUGGUGGUGCCCAUAGCUGCAGUGAUGCUCAUCGGGGUCCUCAUGGCCAUCCGCUUGGCCAAGCCCAUUGCCAGCCAGGAGAACUCGCCGCUCACCGAGGACAGCACAGUGCACACCAUCUAUUCCCAAGUGCAGCGGGUGCAGAACACCCCGGCACAGCCCCAUGUCCUGCAGGGCUACCCUCCCUUCUUGCAGAGCCCCAACAAGGAGCCCAUGACGGUUUACGCCAGUGUGAUGAUGCCCAUGGCCUGA